UGCCAUGGCGGCUGGGGGUCCCCUGCACGAUCUCUGCGAGGAAGCCUCUUGCUCCAUCUGCCUGGACUUCUUCAGGGACCCCGUCAUGAUCGCCGAGUGCGGCCACAACUUCUGCCGAGCCUGCCUCACCCGCAGCUGGGAGGAGCCGUCGGGGGCCGCGGAGCCUUCCUGCCCCCAGUGCAGAGGAAAAGCUCAGCCCAACAGCCUCAGGCCGAACCAGCAACUGGCCAACUUUGUGGAAAUAGCCGAGAGAGUCGCUCUGCAAGAGGCCGCAGUGGCAGCUGGAAAAGGGAGAGUUUGCCAGAAGCACCAGGAGCCCUUGAAGCUCUUCUGCAAGGACGAUGAAGCCCUCAUCUGUGUGGUCUGUGACCGAUCCAAGGAGCACAGAGAUCAUGAAGUCCUUCCUCUUGAGGAGGCCUCCCAAGAGUACAAGGAUCAGUUCUGCAACCGUCUGGAGAUUCUGAAGAAGGAGAGGGAGAGAAUUGUGGCGUAUCAAGGAGAUGCGGAGAAGAAAAGCCAAGACCUGCUCAAACAAACUGAAGAAGAGAAGAAAGCGAUAGUAGCUAAGUUCAGGCAACUGCACACAUUUCUGGAGAAACAAGAGAACUUUUUGCUGGCCCAGAUGAAAAAGGUGGAGAAGGAGGUGGUGAGAAACAGGGAUCAGCAUCUGAACAGAAUCUGUGAGGAGCUCUCUUCUCUGGAAAGCCUCAUCCGGAAGAUGGAGGAGAAAUGUCAGCAGCCGGCCAGUGAUCUCCUGCAGGAUGUCAGAAGCACAUUGCAGAGGUAUGAAGACAAGGAGUCGUUUGAGAAUCCAGUGGCUAUUCCACUUGCACUGAAGCGGCACAUCUGGGACUUCUCAGAUUUAAAUCUCCUUUUGGAGGGCAUCAAGAAGCAACUCAAAGACACUCUGGAUUCUGGACUUCAUCUGCAGAAAGCAAAUGUGACUCUGGAUCCAGACACGGCCCAUCCAUGGCUCAUCCUGUCUGAGGGUCAGAAAAGCGUGCAAAUGGGAGAAAAAGCUCAAACUCUGCCCACCAGUCCGGAGAGAUUUGAGAACUAUAAUGCUGUGCUGGGCUGUGAGGGAUUCACAGGAGGCCGCCAUUUCUGGGAAAUCCUUGUGGGAAGUGAGGAAAGCUGGGCUGUGGGGGUGGCCAGAAAGUCUGUGAGGAGGAAGGGAGAACUCACUUUUAUUCCUGAGGAAGGGAUGUGGGCUGUGGGGAAGUGGGGAGGGAUGCACAGGGUUGGUAUAAAAGCUCACCCUCCCCUGACUGUGAGUGGGGAGCUGAAGAGGAUCCGAGUGUGCCUGAACUAUGCUGGGGGUCGAGUGGCCUUUUUUGAUGCUGACCGAGCAGCCCUUCUCUACGAGUUCUCUGGAGCCUCCUUCCAUGGAGAGACCCUCCUGCCCUUCUUUAGGGUGCAUAAAAAAGGCCGCCUCAAAAUAUCUUCAUAG